UGUGUGUGUGUUGGUAGUGGGAGAACGGGCCAGGCGAGGGAGCCGGAUAAAGAAAUGAGAGCAGAGAAGGGAAAAAAACCUGCCUAGAAGAGAGCGGAGCAAGCAGCGCUAUUCGACCAACGGAUAGGACAAGGCCAGCCACGGCUGGUCGGACGGAGUGGAGUUUAUUAAAAAAAAGAUGUAUUUUAUUCCGUCGUUUUAUUUGAUCCUGUAGGCUACUAGCUACAAUACUUCUUCCCAACCGUGCAGCUUUUCCUGGGAAAAGAAGGCAACGAAAACGGACACGUUGGGGAUUUCUGUGGACUAGUAACGUUAGCCGAGCUGUUGUAGGCUAGUGUGGCGCUACUCUUCUUUCUCAUUGUUAGAAAAACACGGAGAUACAUGGUGGUUGGAUUUCAAACUGGUUCGCCUACAUUCCCCGUCGCUUUCCACGAGACAGCGUUUGGAUAUAGGCCGGAUUAUUAAUUUGUCGAAUGCAGGAGUAACAUUUGUGACAAGCUAGUCUGCUAAUUGUUGCCAUUUUUCUCCCUCGCAGCGGCAGCUCGGUUCGUUCUCCCUCCCCCUCUUUGUCGUUCGCCUAGCUGACCAUUUUAAAGGCAGCUCUACCUUUCCAGGCUUUAUUUUUCCCCCUGUGGCUCCUUCUAUCUGCCUCAACCGUGGAACUACUGUUAGAACCCUGCGCCCGUGUUCGACUCGGAAUGAAAAAUAAAUCUAGGCCGGGUUAUGCCAAAGAAAAUAGUGUUUAUUUGUUUACAAAUACUGUGUAGGCCCAGAUCGACCGUUUACUUGUUUUUUUGUUUUACUUAGACAAUUGCAUGUUUACAGCUUGCUUGCUGCUAUUGGUCAUUUGAACGAGCAAUGGUAUUUUGUAGUUAGUUUGAUUUCUUUGUUUAUUGGCUACUUUGAAUAGUUUAGUUUGAUGUCUUCCUUUGUUUAUUGGCUACUUUGAAACACUCGGUGUUUCGAGUCAGGGACAUUAAACUGUAAAAGGCAACUAGCCUGGGCUACCUCUGGCGAAAAAAUAUACUAUCUUCUCAUCUUCCUCCCUUCAUCGGACAACGGUCACCUUUUCCCUCCCUAGUUUUGUCGCAAAAACGGCGAGAUUUUUCUGAAAGGCAUGGAGGACCAGGCCCGCAUGAUGUCGGGUCUCGUCGGGCUGUCCGGACUGUCUCAGGUCGACGUGGGGGACCAUGACGCCGGGAGGAAGCAGCACUCCCUCGGCCAGCCGCAGCAAGACAUCGGGGAUAUCCUCCAGCAGAUCAUGGCCAUCACGGACGAGAGUCUCGACGAAGCCCAGGCCAGGAAACAUGCGUUAAACUGCCACAGAAUGAAGCCCGCCCUCUUCAGUGUGCUGUGUGAGAUCAAAGAAAAGACAGUCCUCAGUAUCCGUGGUAUCCAGGAUGAGGAUCCACCAGAUCCCCAGAUCAUGCGAUUGGACAACAUGUUGCUGGCAGAGGGCGUGUCCGGCCCGGAGAAGGGUGGGGCCUCGGCGGCGGCUGCGGCUGCAGCGGCGGCAGCUGCGGGCGGGUCUCCUAACGACGGCAGUAUAGAACACUCAGACUACAGGGCCAAGCUGACUCAGAUCAGAGGAAUAUUCCACUCUGAACUGGAGAAAUAUGAACAGGCGUGCAGUGAGUUCACCAACCAUGUGAUGAACCUGCUGAGGGAGCAGAGUCGCACGCGGCCCAUCUCUCCCAAGGAGAUAGAGCGCAUGGUGGGGAUCAUCCACCGCAAGUUCAGCUCCAUCCAGAUGCAGCUCAAACAGAGCACCUGCGAAGCCGUCAUGAUCCUACGCUCCAGAUUCCUCGACGCCAGACGGAAGAGACGUAACUUCAACAAGCAGGCUACUGAGGUGCUGAAUGAGUACUUCUACUCCCACCUGUCUAACCCCUACCCCAGUGAGGAGGCCAAGGAGGAACUGGCCAAGAAGUGUGCCAUCACCGUCUCUCAGGUGUCUAACUGGUUUGGUAACAAGAGGAUCAGGUACAAGAAGAACAUAGGGAAGUUCCAGGAGGAAGCUAACCUGUAUGCUGUGAAAACAGCUGUAGAUGCAGCCAGCGUCUCCUCACAGGCCAGCCAGGCCAACUCCCCCGCCACGCCUAACUCAGGCUCGCCAGGGUCGUACAGUCGGCCCAACACAGGCCACGCCCACUCCGGUUUACACCCGACCAAUGGGGAGGGGUUAUUUCUCAGCCCUCCUCUGCAGCCUCAGGUGGAUACCCAGCACCGUGCUACACUCCUGACGGGAUGUUAUGAGGAGCUGCCUGGAGGAACUCUGUUUCCUCCCCACUGUCUCCAUGUUGAUAGUGGAUGGCAGGACAGCACCGAUCCCCCCUCCCUCACCCCCCCUCACGGGGCACCGGGCAGCGUGCACUCGGACACCUCAAACUGAGACACACACUCACCCCAAACGCCCCCCACCCCUCUACCCUUCAAAUUCCACUUCCUCCACCCUCACACAGCCACGCCUCUACCCACCCAAUCACUCACCUGUAUCUCAAACUAACCCAAGUCCCAAUCCCUCUCCUGUAUCUCAAACUAACCCAUUUCCCAAAUAUGCCCCCCCACAUAUCAGUCGUACCUCAAACUGAGACAACUUCCCCCUGCUUUACCUGUACCCGAGCAUCACUCUCCCCCUCCACUCCCGAUGCACCAUAACCCCCUAGCUCUUCCUUCCUCUCUCCCGCCUCCUCUCCCCCCUCCCCUAUCCCUCUAUCCCUCCUCCCCCCUCCUCUCCCUCCCUCCUUUAUCCCUCUCUCUCUCCCUCUGCUAUCCCUCUAUAUCCCUCCUCUCCCUCCCUCCAUUGUCUGACAUAAGUCUUUUUCUUUAUUUUUAUAACCACUUAUUUUUUCUCUCGUUUAAAAAAAGAAGAUAAUUUAGUCACAUGUAUUUUUUUUUUUCUAAUACUGUUUCACAAAGACGCACCAGCCGCGUGUGUUGGAGCCUGACGUGGACGCAUCAUGUUACUCAAAAAGAAGAAGAAUAAUAAUAAUAAAAAAAUGAAUAACAAGAAAAAUAAAGAAAAAAAAUCUACUGUUUCUCGUCUUCCAUGCAUGUAGUCCCUUUUAGGUGUUUAGCAACGAUUGUACUUUUCCUUUUACUUUUUAGACUUUUUAAAAAACAAACAGUUGCUACAGAGACAAAAUGUACACAACGGAAAGUUCUAAAUGGCAGAAAAUAACCAAAAAUGAAUAAAUACAUUGUAUGUCAAUUAUUAA